GCGCUGCAAAAGGGCAGGGUUUAAGGGGCAAGGUCGCCCCGAAUGGUAAACAACUCGUGGUUCAUACUUCCCUAUGCAAACUGUUCGUGGACUUGGCCCUGAAUGAAUUUUGAACAGAAACGUCCAGAACACGCGGUGGAAUGGCGUCGAAUGAUGCAGGAAGCCGAAACAUAUGUGCUCGACUGGUGCUGAAUGAAAAAGGAACACUAACGAUAACGGAAGAUCCAACUGCAAGUAUUCCAAGCACAAAGAGAAAUCAGUUAUUGAGUGUGACAGGUCCAGGCGGUGAAGUUAAAGAGUUCUUCUAUGGCAAAGCCCCUAAUGUUCAAGCUGCACCCCGAAUUGAUCCCCCAGACAAAACAGAUUCCACCCAUGUCCCCACAUCAACCUCCGGUCCGAACAAAUCAGUUCUGACAGAGUCUCAGGCAAAGUCGCUUGCUGUGAUGCUUUCUUCUGUUAAUUCUCACGUGACAGCGAAUGAACACUGGGCAUUAGAUCACAGCUAUACUAUGAAAGAAAAAACGUCACUUGCUCCUCCUGUGGUGAUUCUUGCUCCUGUUGUGGUUCCAACCAAACAGACCCAAGAGGAGAGUCAGCCUGGGAAGCAGGUUUUCGAGUCAAUCAAAUGCAGUCCAUCCAGUAUAAAACCAUCAGUUUACGGUUCUGCAAACGAAAGCAGCUAUGAAAUAAUGACAUCACCGCCGUCAUACUCUACAGGGCAUCAGAGUUCAGGUUCCUCUUUACAAGCAGUCUCAGGACAUCUCCCAAAACCAAAUUUACUUCCAACAUGUUCUACUACAACAGAUGCGUCUACAAAAAACAGACAAAGCAAAUCUGAAGGGGCUUCGGAAAUAUUAAGACAGUUAAGUGCUUCAGUCCCAGUUACGGUUGGACACACUAGCUCUCUAACAACUGGACCUAGGUUUCAAUCCUCCCAAGGGUUGAACAGGAUACCCCAAACGACAGUUUCAAACAAACAAGGGACCAGACCUUCAAUCCUUGGAGGAACUGGGAAUCUGAAAAGCAAACAGACAGGGUCGCAGACGGGAAAUGUGAUACAGAAACCAACAGGUGUUUUGGGCUGCCUCAGGGACAUGGUUACUGCCAAUUUAAAGGACAAAGGACAGGAUGUGUCAUUUAACGCUCAGAGUGGUAAGGAUGUGUUGAACACUACCCAGACUGUUUCUAUACCUAGUCAGAAACCACCGCUAAAUGUUCCAGUACAAAAACGACUUUAUCCUGGAGGUGCUUACGUUGAUACUUAUCCACAUGUGCGUCAGAAAAACAUACACAACCAAAACGAUAUCGACCCGGUCCUGCAGAGGAUGCUAAAAAAUGUCCAGAAAGCAUCAGCCUCUCUGAAGGAAACCCUUCCUGUUCCAGUUUCAGAUGCAUUUAAGCCUCAGUCUACUAAGAACGUGUCUGAAAAAGGUAACGGCCACAAAGAGGUGAUUGUAAGAGUGUAUCCCGAUAAGCCGGUAGUAGCUGUAAAACCCGACCCCAUGAGACUCGUGAAUCCUCAGUCGGUUCUGCCCGUACUGACUGCUCCGCAAAUAGCAUUCGUCCCAGACACGAUGCAAACGUAUUACAUGCCAGUGGUGAUGACACAAACAUCUAACUCUUUUCCUUUAGUGUAUAACCAGUGUUUGCCUUCAGGAUCUGCUGGGAAAACCAUCAUAGUCACCACAAACACUCAGAAUCAAGUCCCUAUAGCCCCAGCAACAAAUCGUGAAACUCUUCCUACAAAUUCAAAUGAACAUGGUCCUGUGAACAAUAAGGGUCUUUCUUUCAGUGUUCCAAGUAAACCGGAGCCUAAGAUUGAUGCAUUUAUUGACCAACAUAACUAUGCAGCCGUGCCCAAAGAAGUAGACAUGGCUCUACCGAGGAUAGAAUCAGUUUUUUCACUAACUCCCUCGCAGGACACUGGUACUCAGAAACAGGAUUUGAACAAGGAUAUACUGAAAGUGACACCCAACUCCGAAACUGAUUCCUGUUUGAAUCCUGGAAAGACCAAACUCAGGAAAGUUGAAUCUGUUAAGAUUGAAGAUAGCUCCGAAUCUAGUUCCUGUUUGAAUCCUGGAAAGACAGCCCUCAGGAAAGUUGAAUCUGCGAGGAUUGAUGGUAACUCCGAAUCUAGUUCCUGCUUGAAUCCUGGAAAAACGAAAGUGAGGAAAGUUGAAUCUGUGAAGAGUGGAAAGGACAGUCAGUACCAUACAACAGUUGUUCAGACUGGUCAGUUCGUUGGUGACACAAAACCAAUUAAUGAAACUGACGCACUAAGUGGUUUCAACAGUAGUACAAUACAAGAUUCAAAUGAUGGUGGACUUACGCCAAAGAGAAGAAAUCGAAAAGUGCCAAAGCGUCUACAAACAGACCACCCACCAUCAAGUCCCAAGAGCGCCCACAAACUAAAAUUAAAUAUGAGACCUGUCAUCUUUCAUCCGUGUUUUGUUGUCGUUGAACGGAUUUCCAUUCCAUCAAAACUCAAAAUAGCCAAAAGGAACAAUAAGAAAAAUAAAGAAAACGAAAUCUGCCCACUUGAAUGUCGGGAAAUGUUUUUAAGGAGACUUUGUGAAAAGCGACAUCUUCCUGGUAACCAGUGCAAACUGAAGGUGGUGGAUGAUAAGAAUAAGCAGGGUAAGCACGAGCCAAGUUUUUCUAGGACAGUUCAAAUCAAGAGAAGGAUUAACACGGACGACGUAAAUAAACCUGCGAGUCCAACCCAAGAGAAACAGGAUGGACCUGCAUCCCUCCACGAGUCUGCAUCCCACCAGCCUGGGGAACUGAUAACUGUUGGCACGUUCAAUAUAUCUUCUUCCAAUGGGAGCAAGUAUGCUGUGGAGGUACCAAAUAUGGUACCUGCUCCAGGAGCUUUUGAGACCAUUGGGAAACCAACAGUAAUUUCAACGCUGCCUCUCAAUCAAGGAACAUUGAAUGUGUCUGAGUCAUGCCAGUCAAAGAUGGGGUCGAUGUGUCUGGAUAGUGACCGGUCACCUCGGUCACCAUCUUCAGAGACUGAGUCCGCUGCUUCCGUGGCUUAUGUUGAUAGUGAUUUCAGUGAUACAUCUCCAGUGAAAUCUCCUGAGGUUAUUUCCAGGACUGAUGAAUCCAAAACACACACAAUUACUUCGUUGGAGAAAUUUGACGGUUCUCAAACUGCCUGCUUACCGUCGAGUGAAACUAAAGAAUCAGUGGUGCAGGAUGAGCCUUUAAGCUUAGGAUCAAGCCACCUGGCAGCACCAUCCCCAAUAGAUCCGUCUGAAGAAUCUUCCAAAUAUGUUGAACCCUGCUCUGUUCCUGAGAAUGAGGAAAAUGUUGAAACUAAGAUAAAGGGGGACGUUAAAGAGGAUGUGGAGGAGGAUUCAGAUGAAGAGUGGAUGAACGUUGAGCUGGAGGUGGAUCCAGACUCUGAACCCGAUGAGGAAAUGGAUAUGUUUUUACCAGAUAACCCUGCUCCAAAUUACGUUCCGGAUCCAGAGUUAGGACUUGAGCCUGAAGCUGCCACAACAGAGAUUUCAUCUGCAUCUAUCUCCAACGUUGUUCUUAGUGAUAAAGUUCAAAGACUCAAGGCAAUGCUGGCAGAAAAAAUGCAACAGGUGGAUAAUCUUCGCAGGCAAAGACAAAUACCGAAUUGAUAUCAAUUGUUUAAAACAACAUUAAUCCCAGCCAUACUAUUUGGAUCAGAAGGAUGAGUUGUCUGAACAGUGAAUAUCACCGCUUUUACCUCAAUUAGAAAACACUGUAAUCAAUGAAUUUUUAAUGAUAAAUUGAUCUAGGUGCUAACAAGCCAAAGCUGACUCAUGUUUAUGCAAACAAUAUCAGGUUUUACAGGGUGUUUUCUUUGGCAGUCGAUCCGUAUUCUUGUGUCACUUGUACUAUAUGUGUCGGGUUAACGUUGAAUAUGUUGCGAACUAACAUCGAAUGUUUUAGUUCAAUUUGCUUUCUUCUUUUAAUUCGCACUGUUUGGAAUUAUAUUUUGAAGCAAUGUAACUUGUUGUUUUUAUCGGUUUUAUGUUGUUCAAAUGCCAGCACAGUGGGUCAGUAAACUUUACGUUUACUGAUGUUAUGUAUGGAAACAUUCGUUUGUUUAAUUAAAGAAGGUUCGGACUAUGGUCA